AUGACAACCACAGAGGAAAUCGCCUUUCUCGGACCGUUAUACACGUAUUCACACGCAGCCGCAAAACAGUACCAGGAUACUCUGGCAGUGCCCACGACCCUGCGACCGGCCAAAUCAAUCGAAGAGUGUUUCCAGCUACUGGACUCGGGAGAAGUCAAGCUGGCGGUCGUGCCGUUUGAAAACUCCACUAACGGAUCGGUUGUUUGGACACUAGACUUUCUGCGACAACGGCUUCUCGGCGACGACUACUUCUACUCUGCGACUGCCGAGCUGCUGGUUCCCGUGAGCCACUGUUUCUUCUCCAAUGUUAGUGACAAAAAGGACAUCACCAAAAUUUACUCACACCCUCAGGUCUGGGGCCAGUGCGUCGAAUUCCUCAAACAGUACCCCAAUGUCGAGCGGAUCGACGUGGCAAGUACCGCCAAGGCAGCUGAGCUGGCUGCCAAUGAACCAAACGCAGGAGCUAUCAGCUCGGAAAUGGCCGGAGCAGCUGCUGGCAUCAAGCUGGUGGAGACCAACAUUGCAGACAAGAAAAACAAUACCACCCGGUUCCUGGGCCUUAGUAGUCUCGAUGACGUGCAGAACCCACCACCUACAAAGGACGAUCUGUCCCUCAUCUCCUUCACCACCACUCACAACAACCCCGGAGCUCUGUGUGCAGUUUUGGAGGAGUUCCGAAAGCACGACAUUGAUCUGAGCAGUAUCAACUCGCGACCGUCGCUACAGGACUCGUGGCACUACAUCUUUUUCGUCGAAUGCCGAGCCCACGUCAGCGAAGAACGCAUGAAAAAUACCCUCAAGGCCAUGGAAAGCAUCUGCUCUUCUCUGACGGUGAUCGGAUCCUUCCCCAGAUGUCCUGGCAGAGACGCUUAG